GCAUGGUGACGUGUGCGGUGACGCACGGCUGCUUCCGGCGCCGCGGCGGUGCGGGCGGAAGGCGGGCGGAAGCGGCGGCCAUGGCGGCGGCGGGGCCGGCGGGGCCGCGCACCAAGACCAAGAAGAAGCAGAAGCGGUUCGUGCCGCAGCGCGUGAAGGUGCCGCGGGCCGCCGACCCGCUGCUGGCCGUGCUGGCCUGGGGCGUGAACCACCAGAUCAGCGAGCUCAGCCAGGUCCCGCUGCCCGUCAUGCUGCUGCCCGACGACUUUAAGGCCAGCUCCAAAAUCAAGGUCAACAACCACCUCUUCAACCGGGAGAACCUGCCCAGCCACUUCAAGUUCAAGGAGUACUGCCCCCAGGUCUUCCGCAACCUCCGCGAGCGCUUCGGCAUCGACGACCAGGACUACCAGGUCUCGCUGACGCGGAGCCCGCCGCACUCGGAGGGCGGCGACCGGCGCUUCCUGCUCUCCUACGACCGCACGCUGGUGGUGAAGGAGCUGUCGAGCGAGGACGUGGCCGACGUCCACGGCCUCCUCUCCCACUACCACCAGUACGUGGUGAAGUGCCACGGCAGCACGCUGCUGCCCCGCUUCCUGGGCAUGUACCGGGUGAGCGUGGACAGCGAGGAGACCUACCUGCUCGUCAUGCGGAACAUGUUCAGCCACCGGCUGCCCGUGCACCGGAAGUACGACCUCAAGGGCUCCCUCGUGUCCCGAGAAGCCAGCGACAAGGAGAAGGGCAAAGACCUGCCCACGCUCAAGGACAUGGACUUCCUCAACAAGAACGAGAAGGUCUACGUGGGCGAGGAGGACAAGAAGGACUUCAUGGAGAAGCUCAAGAGAGACGUGGAGUUCCUGGUGCAGCUGAAGAUCAUGGACUACAGCCUGCUGCUGGGCAUCCACGACGUGGCGCGGGCCGAGCAGGAGGAGGAGGAGGAGGCGGAGGAGGAGGAAGGCGGGGGCGACGAGGCGGGGGCCGUCGUGGGCUCCUACGGCACCUCCCCGGAGGGCAUCGGCAGCUACCUCAACUCCCACCGCCCGCUGGGCCCCGGCGAGUUCGAGCCCUACGUGGACGUCUACGCCAUCGGCAGCGCUGAGGGCGGCCCCCGCAAGGAGGUGUACUUCAUGGGCCUCAUCGACAUCCUCACGCAGUACGACGCCCGCAAGAAGGCCGCCCACGCCGCCAAGACCGUCAAGCACGGGGCGGGGGCCGAGAUCUCCACGGUGCACCCCGAGCAGUACGCCAAGCGCUUCCUCGACUUCAUCACCAACAUCUUCGCCUAGGGGGGGGCCCCCCCCGGCCUGCUCCAGGGCUGGGCCCCCCCCGCCAGCUCCGGGGCUGAGCCCCCCCCUCGCUCCAGCUGCUCCAGGCACGGUGCCCCCCCCGCCUGCGAGCGGGCAGCCCCCUUGGCGCCCGCAGGGGUUUGCUACUCAAGUGCCUUAUUUUUCCUUGGGGGGGGGCAGAGGGGGGGUCCAGCCCUGCUGUAUGCAAUAAGCUGGGGGGCUUCUGUCCCCCUCCACCUGGCACGGGGUCCUGGGGCCCCUCCUGCCCUGGCUGCGUUGCUCCGGCCCCCCCCGCUCUGGGGCGAGGGGGGGCAAUUAAACACUACUUGCCCAUGGGCUCUUGGGGGGGUGGGAGGUUCCCCCUUGCUCCCCCCCCCCCAAAGGGGGCUGUUCCUGGGGGUCCCUGUGUUUCACUGACAGUCCUGGGGUGUCCCCUGGGGGGAGGAGGGCCCUGGGGGGGGAGUAGCCCCCCCCCCUUUCCGCUGUUAUGGGUCUGGCUGCUGGGGGGGGUUACAGCCAGCCUGCCCCCCCCCCCCCCAGUGCACAUGGGGCAGGGGGUGCAUGGCCCUGACCGUGUUACAAGUGGGACCACAGGGGGGGGCAGCCCCAGACCCCCCAUGUCCCCCCUCCCCUUCCACUAUCAGUGGGGUCCUGGGGGGGGGUGACCCCUGCCCCCCCCCCCCACUGGGGGGUCAUGGAGGGGGCUGCCCCCCCCCCAACUGUAUCCUGAGAAAUAAAUUAUUGAACCGGC